AGACGGCGUUUGAGGCGAAAGACAAAUCGCACCACAAAUACGGUGAGCACUGAACCGCAACCACCGGCGCAACCCAUUCAAAGCUCCGUACAAACAACUGCCCCCUACCCACGGCAGCCGCAACCUGAUCACAUAAACAGUGCCAAUUUUGCACCAUAUAACCCCAACGUGGUCAACACAGCGCCACCCUUUCCAUAUAUGGGCAUACCGUACGGCCCAAUGGGUCCAAUGGAUCCACGUUUCGCCGCAUUUGGUCAGUUUGGUGGUCCGCGACCGCAAGGUUUCCCCGGAUUUGCGCCCAAUUUUUACCCACAAAAUUUUUCGAUGCCUUUCGGUCCGCGGCCUACCGCUUACCCGACGGCUUCGGACGCACCGCCAGCCUAUACACCAACCGAUGAAUCGCCACACAAUUCGUUUGCCCCUAUCAUUGGCGCCGAUUCAUUGCCUUAUCAAACAGUUCCAGUCGUAUCGAGUGAUCCUAUUGUGACAAUCAUUAGCCCGGAUGAGCCCACAACCUCUGAUCCUAAUCGAUUGGGUGAACAACAUAUCUACACUGGGUACUUGAACAAUAAAGUUUACUGCAAACUAACAAUGCACCAAAAGUGGGCAGAUCUAAACAUGGUGCCAGAUGGACGAACAAAGCCACGCCCAGAGUGGAUAAAUCCAUCGAAUGUGGAUAAAUCAAAAUAUGGUUAUAAGAAACGAACUGAUUAUAAAAUCCAAGAUUCAACAUGCUUUAGUGACGCGGGUUGUCCCGGCUUUAACAGCAAAUAUAGCGGUUACGAAACACAUCACAACUUAGACUCCUGGGAAAUAUUUUUUUCCAAUACUAACAACCGCUACAACGGGUUUUGGUAUUGGGCGUGCAUUUUCAUACUCAUCCCGAUUAUCGCC